AUGCAGUUGCAUCACCUCCCCGCGUCACUCUUGACUGUGGCGGUAGUCUUCUCCACAGUCGCCUCAUCCCUGCCUUUUAGUCCCAAGCACAAUGCCCCAAAAGGGCAGCAAAAACGAGACGCCGCAGUCGCUCCACGAGCGACCUACUCUGUCGUCAACAUUGACGGCGGCAGCGGUAGUGGUGAUGACAGUGGAAACGGAGGUGGCAGCGGCGCAACGACCACGUCUACAAUACCGGCGUCGGGCACAAAAACAGCGACCGCGUUUCGAACCACUGUGGUUGUCGAGUCGGCCGAACCCACAGUCACCGACACGGAUACGGUUGUGGUGACAUCCACGACCGGACCAAAAUCGCCAGUGACGACGCAUGUCACAAAGAUUUCCGUGGUGGGCGUGCAGGGGCCGUUGAGCACAACGACAGACGCCAUGACAGACACGGCGUCUACGGGGGUAGUCGUCGUGACGGUAUCGGAGACGGUGGUUCCGGUUCAUUCUGCGGCGCAUUCAGCAACGCCGUCGUCACCAUCCUCGUCGUCACCGUCCUUGUCGUCACCCUCGUCAUUCUCCUCGUCUGUCUCAUCAUCAAAGACACUCCCCGCGCCGUCCUUGGGCUCCUCCACUCCGGCCUUGUCCACUGCUUCGUCCUCUCAAUCUCAUACACACCCUCCAUCACUCUCCUCUGCCACUUCGUCAUCCUCGAUAACUGCGUCCUCGUCCUCAGCAUUGUCCUCCUCCUCCACACUAAUCUACCACUCUCCCGCUUCCACUUGGUCCGGAGGCUACGGCCCUCCCCGACCCAGCCAGUCUACGUUUUCCACUUCCACCACAUCCACUACAACGUAUGACAACGGCCUCUGGCAUCCACCCACACCCACCUCUCCGACCCGCUCCUCCUCUUCCACCUCGUCAUCCUCCCCGACGUCUUCGUCCUUAUCUGCCACCACCACCACCUUUAAUGACGGGCAAUGGCACCGGCCGACCACCAGCAGUGCCCCUCCCUCGUCUUUUUCGUCAUCUUCCUCGUCGUCAAAGAGCUACGACAAUGGACAAUGGCACACCACGUACCCCCCAGAGAAAGGCACUGCUGGCCGCUUCCGUGCUUCCCGCUAA